AUGUCUGCGCAGCAAUGGAUCCCGCUCGAGUCGAAUCCGGAAGUCCUCACCGGCUUCGGCCACGCCCUGGGCGUCUCUCCCGACCUAGUGUUUUCCGACGUCUGGAGCCUCGAGCUGCUUGACAUGGUCCCCGCCCCUUGUCACGCCGUCCUCCUUCUCUUCCCUCUCACGCCCAAGCUCCGCAACGCGGAGGUAGCCGAUUCUACCUCCCUCACCGACUCCCCAGACGCCCCCUACUUUGUCCGCCAGACGAUCGGUAAUGCCUGCGGCACCAUUGCUCUCAUUCAUGCCGCGCUCAACGCGGGUCGUCUGGCUCCCGCCCCGUCGCCUGAUUCCUUUCUAUCUCGAUUCGGUGAAGCGACAAAAGAUAUGACUCCGGACGAUCGUGCAAAGGCCCUCAUGGAGGAUGCUAGUCUAGAUGCCGUGCAUGGCCAGUUUGCGGCACAGGGUCAGACAGCUGCUCCUUCGCCUACUGAAAAGGUCGAUUUGCAUUUUGUCGCUUUUGUACACAAGGCGGGCAAACUCUGGUUGCUCGAUGGCCGUAGAGAUAAACCCUUUGAAUGCGGCCCGUGCGAGGAGGGAAACGUUUUGCGCAGCUCUGCCAAAAUCGUCAUGGAUCGCUUCAUGAAGGCAGAUCCUACAGAGCAAAGGUUCACUAUCCUUGCCCUCACUGCGAAGCCAUGAGCACUUCGGGAAGGGUGGAAAGAGGUCGGUUUUGGCUUUCCCUGGUUUCAUUUUUAUAGAGGCAUUUCGGGGUGUCGAAGUCUGUCUCUCUUACACUACAAAAUACUGUAAAUAUUGUCGCCUCGCUGGCGGGCUUUUCUUCGUU